GAACCUUCCGCUCACAGAAAUCUUUCCUAUCUUUAAUUUUCUGAGCUUCCACAGAAUGAUUUUCUCUGCAACUCUUAGAAAUAAACUUUUCAGUGUUUCAAAUUCAGAAGACGAAUACAGAUAUCUUAGUGUCAACAAUCUUCGUGUAUUUCAUCAGAACUCUGAAAUAGAAUGUCGCCACAACUUUUGUGAAAACAUCGAACAUUGUUUUUAUAAAAUUGUUCGUUCUCAACAGUGUCUUAAUAUCAUCGAUCGGAAUUUUAUGCAAGCAAAAAGCCAUGGAACUGAUAAUGAGACUUUAAGACUUGAUUUAAAUCACAACGGCGAAUUUCAUUCAAAAGCUUGCAACAAUGCCGGCGGCCAAAGCAGCAACAUUUACCGAAACUUGCACAGCGACAGCAACGUCUCGAAGUUUCGUUUCAGAAGCAGCUGUUGCAACAACAGUUGCUGCAUUAAUAACAAGACUUACGGCUGCACCAACUGCUGCUGUACAUGCAGCAGCUGCUACAAACAACUCGUACCGAGCCUUGUCUUAAGCAAAGUCUUACUUUCAUGUAAUAUCGACAGCCCCGAAAACAAGGAACGUCUGCUCACCAUUUUUGUCAACUGGCACACCCGACUUUCCAGUUCGCCUGGUCACUUUAGCGGCGAACAGAGUGUCGUCCUCGGCGAGAACCAGCCCCGAAUUGCAAAUUUUAUCGUGAAGGAAAUCAGAGAACCAAACUGGAAAAGUUUAAAAUUCAGUGACGGAUUAAAAAAUUUUAACAAAAAUAUUCUAAUACCAGAUCAUUGUAAAGAAAAUUUCUUGAGUCAAAAUAAUAAGCGGGAUUUAACAACUCAAAAUAGUUUGAAGGAAAUAGACGAAAAUUCUGAAAUGGGCGGAAUUACUGCAAAUGAAGAAAUUAUGUUUCACAGAAAAACACAAUUCCAUUCGCUUAACCAAUCGGACAAAAGGCGGCCUAAAAAUUCCUCUCGACGUCCACGACAAAACUUCAGAUCCCUCGACCUGGAAAUCAAUGCGAAAGAAAAAUUGAACCUUUUAUCCAUCAAUUUCAUCCCCGCCACUCAUAAAACCAAGUUUCCUUUUUUGUCCUCUUCUUAUUUCCCACUCAUCGUUUUGCUUGCGCUUCUUUCCUCAGUGACUGACGCAGCUGGCUCCGGCCUCCUGACAUCGACGUAUUCUCGCGACGUACCAACUCGCUCUCACCGAGCGUCGAACGUCGAAUUCGACGUCGCAGUAAACGUCUCGACGCAUGCAAAUGAACUGCUCUUCGAAGACGUCCAGCAACGUACGGCCAUGCAGGAACGUUUGGUGGUCAGAGGACAGAUUGUGGCCAUCGAGUGCAGCGCUGGCCGCAGUGGACAGAAAGAGAGAGGAGGAGACGUGGUACGCUGGUACCAUGACGGUGAACUGGUGGUGCAGGACACACGCGUGCGCGUGAACGCGCAGACGCGGCGCGUGGAGAUCAGCCACGCGAUCAGCGCGGACAGCGGCGUGUGGCGGUGCACAGUCAACGGCAACACGUCGCCUCCACUCAGCCUCAUCGUCACUAGUGGAGAGCAAGUGGAGAGGCGUGGAGCAACAGUUCAGCACAAUCAGCAACAUCACCAUCAGCAACGUUCAACAUUCAGUGUUAGUGGUGGUCAACAUUCAGUGUACCAUCCAGACCCCCCAAACUUUACGCUGCGACGGUGGCCGGGCUGGGGCGUGCCGGUGACGAGUGGCAGCGACGUGGGACUGCAGUGUAUAGUGGAUGCUAAUCCCCCUUCGUCCCCCACCUGGAUAAAGGCAAGUCGUCAAGAACCAACUCCUGAUCAUGAUUUUUUAUAUCCUCCUUCCCACCAUCUCCACAAUCCCCUUCUUCACCGCAACAAACACAAAAACAAUCAUCACAUUUACCGGCGUUACAUCAUACCCGAUCGUCAACGGACAUCAUCGUCGACCUCGUCGAAACUGCUCCGUAUCGAUUCACGGCGCAAGCUGGGCCACCGUCCACCCUUUUCCCCACCAAGCACCACUCUUCCUCUCAACCCAAUAGUUGACCCUUCAAUGUCUGGCAUUGCUAAAGUGGCUGCUGGUCAUCUUAGCUCCAACAAAAAGAAGAAAAGAGCUCACCAAACAGACGACUUUGGCACUUUUCUCACACAUCUUCAUGACUGGCCGCUGCCAAUCUUCGCUCAGUCUAGAGUCGGACGAAGCAAAGGAGACGAAAAAGAUGACGUCGAAGACCAUGAGCAUAAAACCGAAGAUUUUUUGGAAGCGGGGGAUGGUGGAUGGCUUAAUUUGACUAACGUGGGUGAGGCUGAGAGAGGCUGGUACCAGUGCAUCUCGAAACAUUCUUUCGGCGACUACUCCUCCAACUCGGUCUUCAUAAACGUACAACCCUCCCGAACUUCAACCCCCGUUGUGUUAUCUGACUCAACCCGAGGGUCGAGCGUCCCAAGUUCCCCUCGUGGGAGUAUCGGGGAAACAAGCUCUGGUUCCUCUAAUGUCAUCCUACCCUCUUCCCCGGUGUGCUGGGGGAGAAUUCUUACUCCAGGUUCGGUGCCUUCUUCAGGCAAGUCGCAUCCUCAGGAGGAGGAGGGGGAGUCAGGAGUGUAUCAGUGCAGGUCUCCUGACGAGGAUCAGGUUAACAACGGGCCAGUCAAGCUCGUCAUUACAGACGCGCCCGUGGUCGAGGCAGUAUCAUCGUCCAUGAGCCGCCCUGUGGGAGCCUCCCUGCUGCUGUCCGCCCGCGUGUGCAGCCUCACGCCGCUGGUGGAGGUGCUGUGGCUCGCGCCUCAGCGCGCCAUCCCGCCCCUCGCGCCGGGCCAGGCGCGCGGACGCUAUACUGCGCACAACAUAACCAUUUCCUCGGACGGGUGCCGAGUGUACGGCCUUGGCGUCUCAGCGGCGGCCUACAAAGACUCGGGCUCAUGGCUGCUGGUGGCGCGCAGCUCCCACGCGGCCAGCGCCGCCCCCAUCCUGCUCACCGUCACCCAAUCACCCGCGGGUGACCACGCCACUCGCGCCAAGACAAAUAACGAUUCGGCGCAGGCAAAGGAAGACUCCCGCUCUUAUAAAUCGGUGCCAGAAAUCACCGAUUCCAAUUCGCGGCAACGGCUGGAAGACGAAGAACUCUGGGACAAUGAGAUCGGGGAAGACGAUAGAGGAUCUGAUCGCGUUCCCGUGAGUGGAGGCGAUGGAGAAUCGUCCUCUGCAGGCAAAGUAUUAUCGUCAUCUGUUUCUUCAUCGGCAAGUGUAUCCACUAAUUUUUAUAAGUCUCCCCUAGAAUGGAUAUUGCUAAUUAUCUUGGCUUGCUUACUCUUCAAGACAACUGUGAUGCAAUUCUGCGGAGAAAUCUUGCAUUUAUCAUGUAAAACUUUUCAAUUUUUCUCGACAUUUUACUAUAAAAUAUUAAUAAUUGCCAGGGGAAUGACCCAGGAUGCUUUUCUUCCUCUCAUGGACCAGAUGUUAGGCUACGUAGUAAAACGGACGUCAGUCUCUGACGUUGAACAAUAUUCGUCCAUUAUUCGUAAGUGCCCGAAGAUCUUAAUCUUAUCAAUGCUACUUAUCUUCAAAUUUCAUACUUCAGUAUUUAUAUCCAAAUUAAUUCCAAAUUUCACGCCUGUCAUGCCUCACUCUGUCGCAACAUGAAUGUUUUUCCGGCAGCAAAAGAAUGCUGUCUUUUUUACCAUAUGGAAUGAGCUUCAGCUUUCAAUGGUAGGAAUAGAGUCGCUUUAUAAAGAAGUUUCGAAUAAUUGUUCUUGAAUGAUAAUAACUGUUAUAAUUUUAGCUCGUAGUGUUGUUGCUAGCUUGUUGUUAAAGAUGCCGUCAGAUGUCCGUCGUCCAGCCAAAUUUCAUAUAUAUAACAUUAAAUAAGUUCACAUUGUAACUACAGGCAUCCGCUGCAUUACUAAAAAAGUCACCAUUGUUAUAACAUAAUUUGGAAUCAUAAUUAAUUCUAUAAGUAAAAGGUUAACAUGAUUUUGAAAGACCUUGUGUAAUAUAAAACGGGGGAAUAUUUAUUUAUGUAGAGAUCACACAUCAUUGCCAAAUAUACAGUGUCGACAUUAUCCUGAAAGUGUAUAAUUCUACCAAAUAUCUAUUCAGGUUUCUUGUAUAUUGAUUGCAAUAUUGGUAGCGUUUACAAUUUUAUAAAAAAAAAUCACUGAGAAUUUCUCAAUUAACCAUUACACUCAUUGUACUUCAUAAUUAUAUCACGAAAAGUUUGAUUUAAUUUUAAUGUUUUUGUUUCUCCUAAUUAUCUUAAAAUUUUCCAAUUGACAUCGAAAAGAUAAGGUUUUUACGGCGAGAUGAAAAUUAUUGGGCGUAGUGAGAUAAUUUUUACGUGUCACAUGAAUAUAUAUUAAUUGAUACUCUUGAAAUAGAUUGUUAAAUGAGGAAAUGAAUUUUUGUGCAAAUUUUAUCACAUGAAACAUAAAUAUUUUUUCUUACCAUCCCAACAAAAACAACUGAACAACAACACAAUUGAAUAACACGGUAUUCACACAAUUGAAUGGUAUUCACCAAGCAGGUACACAGCUGUGCGGUGACGUUAGUACAUUAGGUACUUACAGUGUACAGUUUUAGAGCAGCGUUAGCAUUUUGUACACCGAAAGUUUCGUACUGUUUAGCUAAAGCGGUGGCCAUGUCAUUGAAAUUUUCGAACAGGCCAAACAUUUCUCAAUGUUUGCUUGCAAUUUCAAGCGCGUUUUAUCCCAUUUGAAUGUCCGAUAAUAAUGAAGGUGAUAAUUAAUAGGAACGCAAAUUCUUAUUAAUAAUCAACAUUGAUAUGCCUUUAGUCUUGAUGUUCAUUUAAUCUUAAUAUGUUCAAUACGAUGUCCGUUUUUCUCAUUGCAACGACUCUCGUUAACUUUUAUAACAAAUCAUGAAUUUUAAAUAAGACGUGCGAUAUUCUAGCUAAACUCAGCUAUGGUAGUUAAUUUAUAAAUAAUAAAUCCUAAAUGUCAUUUGACUGUCACGCAUGGAUAAGUACAGAUUCAUGUACCUUAUGACCUUAUGAUGAGUUUAGGACGUCGUAGUCCACGGUCACGCUGAUGCGCCGCCUUCGUCGUCCUCCGUCUACGAGUCGUCGUCGGUAGUUAAAAUUCGCUUUUCGUAGUUAAAAUUCGCUGGAAAAUAUUGAAAAUGAACAGCGAAACCUAUCAUUUUACCGAUGAAAAUAAUUCCGAUUCCCUAAGCUAAACCGAUACUUCUGCUACGGUUUAUUCUAAGAUUUCAUCUUAAUCUUAAGAUUGGCUAACAUUUUAUACGGUUUUAUAAGUUUUACAUUUCUUUAGUGGAGCUCGAGGCUCAUAUAUUCUUCAGCUCGCACAAUUUCUCCUCUAAGAGAUUUCCUCUUUUUUUCCAUUCCAUUUAUUUGUGAAAAUAUCCUCAGUUUCACUCCGUUUAUCUUCUAUAAAUUAUAUAAAUAAUAUGUUGGAUAAAUGCGUCCUCCGCUGUAUAGUGGAAAUUUGUUGACUUGCUAAUAUUUACCUAAUAAAUGUUCUAACUUUGAA